AUGUCUGCCCGCCUCCCGCUGCGCGCUCUCGCACGCACUCGCGUCGCCGUACCCCCGGUCUCUCGCCCAUCACUGGCAGCGGCAGUGCGCUUCGCGUCGUCGUCCGAGGCGUCCUCAUCCAAGACGCCUGCUACACCCGCCGCCGCCGAUGUCAAGGGCAAGGCCAAGGACGUCAAGAGCGAGGCCAACAAUGGUACCAUCUAUCCUGUGCCACCACUCGCUCGUCCACUGGGUGUCUACUCUGCCCCGACUUCCGAACCCAAGUCGGCCGAGCAGAAGAGGAAGGAGCUGCUCGAUGCCGAGAGGCACAAGGCCAAGAGGCGAGCUCUGAUCAAGGAGGCCUCGCAAGGAUACUUUCACGACUACAACUUGGCGCGCAAACACAACGGCGGCAAGCUCUACCUUGGCCCGCCAGUUCUGAUCCGCGAGGAUGCCGCUCUCUACUUCCCCGACCUUACCGGUAAGGCCCUCAACGGCAAGAUGACGCACACGACCGACCUGUUCAAGGGCAAUGUCUCGCUCGUGACCAUUCUCAACACGCGCAUUUCCGAAGAGCACGCCAACUCGUUUGUCGAGCCGGUGCUCGAGGACUGGGAGGGAGCCCCUCACUUCAACUAUGUGCAGAUCAACCACCAAGCCAACCCCCUCAAGUCGAUGCUGCUGUCGUUCUUCACCUCGAGCAUGAAGCGCACAAUCUCCGAGGACCGCUGGGCGACAUAUAUGGUCAGCUCGGGAGAGUGGAGCGACAUUGAUAUCACCACCCCCUUGGGUAUUGAGAACAAGCUCCUCGGCUACGUCUUCCUCGUCGACUCGAACGCCAAGGUGCGCUGGGCCGGCUGUGGUCUGGCGACCGAGAAGGAGACCGCAGACCUGCGCCGGGCAACGGCGGUGCUUAUGAGGCGCGCGCAGGAGGACGCGGAAAAGGCCAAGACGGCCCAGUAG